GUUCAUAUAACAAAUUAGUUGAUGCAAUGUAUAUUAAGUACUAGUUAGCUACAUACUAUUACUAUUGAGGUUCUCCAAUGGCCAGGUCUGCAGGCACCGUCGGAACUCGCCUAUGGCAGGCUGACCUCACUUUUUGUUUCGUCCUUUCCGUUUCCAAGACCUGUCCCCUAAACCCCAUUUAUGACCGUUGUUAUUGCUUCACUUCUCACCCAAAAUUCGUGUCUCCGCUCGCCGGAAUCCCGGGGGAACUCACUCGGCGCCGAAAGAAAGUCAGCCAACAUGACGCACCACUACCAUUCCAAGCAAUCCCCCCGCAAACCAAUUGCAUUUUGUAUUUAACCUUGACUCAACGAUUUCCCUAACCCAGAGUCAAGAAUGGCGGAGGGGAAGAGAAGAAUCGCCGUCGUCGGCGCCGGAAUGAGCGGCCUGCUCGCCUGCAAGCACCUAUCGGAAAUGGGGCUGGACCCGACCGUGUUCGAACACUCGAAUUCCGUCGGCGGGGUCUGGUCCCAGACCAUCGAAUCCACGAAGCUCCAAACCCCUAAAUCCCUGUACCAGUUCUCCGACUUCGAGUGGCCGGAUUCCGUCACGGAGACGUUUCCCGACCACACCCAAGUCCUGGACUACUUCCGAAGUUACGCGGCCCGGUUCGACAUCGAACGGAGGAUCAAAUUCAAUUCCAGGGUCGUCUCCAUUGACUACGUCUCCUCCCAAUCUUCCCAAGACGAGAUGUCCACGUGGGAUUCGUGGUGCGGCGGCGACGGCGCCGGGAAGUGGAAUGUUCAUGUGCAGAGCGGCUCCUCUAGCGUUGAGCAGGUUUUGGAGAUGGAUUUCGUAAUCCUCUGCAUCGGGAGAUACAGUGGAUUGCCAAACAUCCCUGAAUUCCCAAUCAACCAAGGCCCUGAAAUCUUCGACGGUCGGGUCAUGCAUUCCAUGGAUUACAGCGCCAUGGACGAUGCAGCGGCCGCCGAGCUCACGAAGAAGAAGCGGGUUGCAGUGGUUGGGUUCCAGAAAUCGGCCGUCGACAUUGCUGCAGAAAUCGCCAGCAGAAAUGCAGGGGCAGAGAAUCCGUGUACUUUGGUGUUCAGAACCGUACACUGGACAGUUCCAGAAGUGUUCAUGAAACACUCGGUGAAAAGCUUCAAUCGGUUCUCUGAGCUCAUGUUCCACAAGCCACGCCAAGGGUUCUUCCUCUGGUUGCUGGCAGUUUUGCUUUCCCCUCUGCUGUGGAUACAAUCGAGAGCAGUGGAAUUCUACCUCAAGUGGAAGCUCCCAUUAAAGAAGUACGACAUGGUUCCGGACCACGGCUUCUUCAACCAGAUAUUCAGCUGCAUGUUCACCAUUCUGCCCCAACAUUUCUACGACAGAGUCGCCGACGGCAGCCUCGUACUCAAGAAAUCCAGGAGCUUCAGCUUCUGCCAAAAGGGUCUGAUCCUGAAUCCUGAUCAAACGAGGAUUCCAGCAGAUAUCGUCAUUUUCGCGACAGGGUAUAAGAGCACCGAAAAGCUCAAGAACAUCUUCGGAUCGAGCUACUUCCAGCAGUACAUUACCACGUCCACAUCUCCAUUUUAUAGGGAAACCAUCCAUCCACGAAUCCCACAGCUGGCGAUUCUCGGGUACACGGACAGCGCGUCGUACUUGUACACGACGGAGACGAGAAGCAAGUGGGUGGCUCAUCUGGUGGCCGGGAAGUUCAAGUUGCCGGCGGUGCGGGAAAUGGAAGAGGAGGCGAAGGAGUGGGAGAAUUGCUGGAGGGCUUACUCAAAGGAAGGUUACAAGAGCUCUUGCACGAGCGUCAGCUUGCCGAUCUUUUUCCACGAUCUGUUGUGCAGGGAUAUGGGCUUGAACCCAAGAAGGAAGAAGGGGCCUUUGAGGGAGCUGUUUGAGCCCUAUGGUCCAAGCGAUUAUAGGCAUUAGGUUUUUAGCCCAUUUGGAUUUGGUCAUUUGAAUGGUUAAAGAUGUCCUAGAAUUACUAUUCGUCGUCCUAACCUUAGAACGUAGUAUGUAAUUUACGUAAUUGAUCAAAUACCUACCGGACUCUCCCCCACCGCCUGGCGCUACGUAGAAUUUAUAUGCAAGAUGGAGAUCGAAUUCGGAUGCUACAGCUUCAGCAUCUUCACCUCCCAAACUCUCGGAAUCCUCUUAGACGCGACGAAGAGAAACUGGCCUUCAUCCCACCAACACUACCCCCGAGAGGCCGAGGCCAAUUGCAUACGUUGUCGUCCAAGAGGAAACAAAUUGCAUGAGUUUAGAGACAUUGUAACAUCCCGACCUUUUGUGCCCAAGAUAUCGUCCGCUUUGGGUCUACCAAGCAUGGUCUUGUUUUCGGGAGCUCAUGAUGACUUCUCAGGAAGUCACCCAUCUUUGUAGUGCACCACAUUGAAUUUGUUUAACUUGGGAGUUCGUACAAGAAAUCCUUCAUUUCUCCC